UUCGUUGUUGGAAAAGGACCAAACGAGGUCCAGAUAGGAGAAGAAAAUCGACAGCAAAGCAAAGCAGCGCAGCACAUCACAUCACAGCGAGGCAGGCAAUUCCUUCCUUCCCGCAUCUUCCUCUCCGCAGAGGCAGAGGCAGAGGCAGAGGCAGCGGGGCCGACCGCCACCGCGCGAACCCGCCGCUCCCUUCCCCCUCUCCGCCGCAACAGGAGGAGGCAGAGGCCCAGUCGGAGGAGGGGUAGGGAGUAACCGCCGCGGCAAGUCUGGAAUCUCCGACUCCACGGGGGCGUGUACAAAUGGCCGCUCACGAGGCGAGCGGCGGGGGAGGCAAGGGCGUGGAAGAGGUAGGAGACGCGAACAGCGGAGACCGCUCCCUCGGCAGCCCCGGCCCGCCCGCCGCCGCCGCGUCGACGUCUUCUUCCGCAGACAACGGAAAUCUCCAUAGAUCAAGCACUAUGCCAGGAGUCAUCAAGGAUGCUGAAAUAAUUGCUGAAACUACGGGACCAUCGAAUUUGGAAAGGUCAAAAACUGAGAGACGCCGACAAAAUAAUGAUCCUGCUAAACAGUUAUUGGAUGAUAAGAUUUCCAUAAGGAAAAAGCUCAAAAUGUUAAAUCGGAUUGCUACAGUGAAAGAUGAUGGAACUGUGGUUGUUGAUGUACCAAGCACUCUGGAUUUGGCUCCAGUUGAUGUUGGAGCAGAUGAUGGCUAUGGUGAUGUCACCGUUGAAGAAUCAUUGGAUGGAGCAGAUAUACCAUACAGACCUCCUAUGCAGAUUGUUAUACUUAUUGUGGGUACAAGGGGAGAUGUUCAGCCAUUUGUUGCUAUAGGAAAACGCUUACAGGAUUAUGGACACCGUGUGAGAUUAGCCACUCAUGCCAACUAUAAGGAGUUCAUACUGACAGCUGGGCUGGAGUUUUUCCCACUUGGUGGAGAUCCAAAACUACUUGCCGAAUACAUGGUGAAGAAUAAAGGAUUCCUUCCUUCAGGCCCAUCAGAAAUCCCUAUUCAAAGAAAGCAGAUGAAAGAAAUUAUAUUUUCCUUGCUACCUGCAUGCAAGGAUGCUGACCCUGACACUGGCAUUCCUUUCAAAGUGGAUGCAAUUAUUGCUAACCCACCAGCAUAUGGACAUACACAUGUGGCAGAGGCACUAAAAGUACCCAUUCAUAUAUUCUUUACCAUGCCAUGGACGCCAACUAGUGAAUUUCCUCAUCCUCUUUCUCGCGUGAAAACAUCAGCUGGAUAUCGACUUUCUUACCAAAUUGUUGACUCUAUGAUUUGGCUUGGGAUACGGGAUAUGAUAAAUGAAUUCAGGAAAAAGAAGUUGAAGCUGCGUCCAGUAACAUACCUAAGUGGUUCACAGGGUUCUGGAAGUGACAUUCCUCAUGGAUACAUCUGGAGUCCUCAUCUUGUCCCCAAACCGAAAGACUGGGGCCCCAAGAUUGAUGUGGUUGGAUUCUGCUUCCUCGAUCUUGCUUCUGAUUACGUACCUCCUGAAGAACUUGUGAAAUGGCUUGAAGCUGGUGACAAGCCCAUUUAUGUUGGUUUCGGUAGCCUCCCAGUUCAAGAUCCAGCAAAGAUGACUGAAACAAUUGUCCAAGCACUCGAAAUGACUGGACAGAGAGGUAUCAUUAACAAAGGGUGGGGUGGCCUUGGGACCUUGGCAGAACCAAAAGAUUCUAUAUAUGUGCUCGACAACUGCCCUCAUGAUUGGCUUUUCCUGCAGUGUAAGGCAGUGGUACACCAUGGUGGAGCUGGAACGACAGCUGCCGGCCUCAAAGCAGCGUGCCCUACAACUAUUGUACCUUUCUUUGGCGAUCAACCAUUCUGGGGAGACCGGGUGCAUGCUCGAGGGGUAGGGCCUGUGCCUAUAGCAGUUGAUCAAUUCAAUUUGCAGAAGCUAGUUGAUGCUAUAAAAUUCAUGUUGGAGCCAGAGGUGAAAGAAAAGGCUGUGGAGCUAGCCAAGGCCAUGGAAUCUGAGGAUGGUGUAACCGGCGCAGUUAGGGCCUUCCUCAAACAUCUGCCUUCUUCAAAAGCAGAUGAAAAUUCACCCCCACCUACGCCGCCUGGCUUCCUCGAGUUUCUAGGCCCAGUAAGUAAAUGCUUGGGGUGCUCGUAGUUAUGUGCUGAUCAGACACAGGUCUAUCAUUUGUCCCUGUCAAACCAAGAGAUUAUGAAAGCUGUCGGCUGACGCGGUACCAAUAUUCUGCCAAAAAGAAUGUGGAAGCUCAAUUUAAGAAGGCAAAUAAUAUCUGGCUUGGAGUGAGCUUUAUCGUUUUGAUCAUUUGCUUGUUGGGUUUUGUGUUGUAUACAGAAUACUUGUCCGGUAAUUUGAUACUUGCAUCAUUUUGGUGUGGUAGUGACCUUGGUGUGCGGCAACUGACUAUCUCACAUGUAUUACCAGGCACCUUGUGCAUAUGGAAAACUUGAAAAGGAGAGAGCAGAUUAGUUCA